AUGGACAGAGAGGAGUUUGCGCAAAUGAUGCUCAGUGCAGCAGCAUAUUUAAUGAAUAUAGCUGAACAAAGCAUGAGAAUAACCUUUGACAGAGACAGAGCGAAACGGCUGAAGUUGGCUGGUUCCAUAAGAUCUUUCAUCGAUCGUCUUGCUUUCAACGGAGUUGAAUUAAGAUGUGCACAUCUUGUUUCCAAAGCUACAAAACUGCAGUUUGCUCACUUUUUGCGCCUUCUCAACAAGGAGAUGAAAAAGAACGCCACAGGAGAGUGCGGAAACACUGUGAGCCUUAGACUCUCCGCAUAUCAUGAAAAUCUGCGAACAGCGUAUGAUGUCAUGGUACUGAACACGCUCCACCAUAUCGUGCUCGAACCAUUCACCGUGCCACUUCUUCCCGAUGCAGCCUUUGCUCAUUCGCCACUAUUUACGGUGGAUGUUGACGACGCGAAAACUACGUCCAUCGACUCCACUGUACGCAACUGGGAAGAAUCAGGAUUAAUGCGUUCAAAGAUCCUUCUGCAAGUUCCCUCGUAUGGUAUGGAGCAGCUGUUGUUGAACAGCUCAGACCAUGGAGUCGGAAAGCCAACAGAAAGGGAGUACGCGAUCAUCGGACAAGCAGAGGUAGUAACCAGACAACAAAUUGGUGUAAAUUCUUUCUAAUU